UUAUAUUAAUAUACGAUGGAUAGAAAAUUAUUUUUAUUUUUUAGUUUAAUUAUUUCACUAUUAAGUCAAAUUCACUCGAAGGCAAUUAAUAGUAAAUGUUUCAUCAAUGAUGACUUACUGGCGCUUAUUAGUCAAUUAGACGGUUAUGUUAAGCCGUUAGAAGAAAAUGAAGUGCCUAUUGGAAUGGAAUUUCAGCUUGUUCGUGAGUUUACCAAGAGUGAGCUUAAUGAAUACUUAAAUCCGAUAGUUACAUACAAAGGUGUUCAUUUUAUGAUCAACGGAAAACUUAUAACUAUCGAUCUGAAUGACAACAGUCCAUUAAGUCGGAAGCUUGAGCUAUUUUUGACCGAAGAUCGAAUCGAAGAUUCUUCGCUAUUAAUGUUGGAGUUUACGAUUGACCGAAUACCAAUGGUGGAGUGCGAUGGAAUAAACCAUCUAAAGCCUCCAAAAGCAGUGAACAUUUGACCAAAUAAAUUAUUUUUUUUUUUAUAAUAAAUAAAUUAUCAAAAAAAAAAAU